UUUUUUUUUUUUUUUUUUGACUAACAUAUUCUUCGAUAAAAAGUACUAAAUACGUAACAACCAAAACAUUGAACUAAAUUUUUUCUUUUUCUCUUUUUAAAUAUGAUUAGCAAGUUUAUAUCCUACUGGAGGUGAGGAUCUGUUAGAAAAAUCCUUUCUGAUCUGCAACUAAAUUUUGGAUAAAAAACUUCAACUUCACUUUAAAUAAUUUUAACAACUUCAUUUUAUUAACUUGAAUAAUAGCUUCGUAUCAUCUUUUAAAAACAUGUACUAUGAAAGCUCAUCUCUGAUAUAUGGAAGGCAGCAAAGAUCGUUUUUAACAAUAAGAAUGUUUUUUAAAACAAAAUUGAUGAAUUUCUUUGCAGAACUCGUUGCAGCAAAGAUUGUUUGUAACAAUAAGAAUGUUUUUUUUUUAAUAAAAUUUAUGAACUUAUUUGUAGAACACGUUUGCUUAAUAUUAGUUUGUGUUUUAAUUUGCUGAGUUAAAGAGAAACUAUUUGAAUGCUGCUUUGUUAUGUAGCGUUUGAAUUUAUGCUCCGACAUUUUAUCGUACUCUGGCGAAAAUAAAUUUGGUUUAAGCGUUUUUACUCCCAAUUUUAACGAGAAAAGAACUGAAAUUAUUGAUAAACUUGAGUUUACAAAAAAAUAUAUCUGAUUCUAGAUCUAAUAUGAAAUAAUCAAAGCACUGUUUAUCAGUUGAGUUUGCCAUUUUUUAGAAUUUUGUGCACUUAUUGCUAGUCUGGGUACGAUAAAUAAACGAUUUUCAACAUAAAUUCAAAGUUUUAAUUUUUAUUGUUUAAAAACAAUAGAAUAUUGCGAAAACGGCCCAACUGGCCAGACUAUCUUAUAUUAUGACUAUGGUUAAAUGUAAUGUAAUUUACCUAAUAUUUAUUUAUCUAAUUAUGGUAAAACCUAUUGUAUAUAGCCUAUUGUAUAGAAGAUAUACUUUUGAUCAGCAUUACAAGUAAAGUAUUGUUUGUUUUUUUAGACAUUUGAUAUUUGAAAAUUAAUGAUAUCGUACUUUCCGCAUUACUUUUCCAAAUUACUCUGUGCCUCUUGAAGAGGUACUGGUUGGUUUUAAAAAAUAAAGAAAAGUAGAGGCUCUUGCAUGCAAGGCGUACUGGUUGUUGUGCAGAUUCCAUUGGAAGAAGAAUGUAGUGUGGAUUUUAAUGUAGAAAAAGAUGAAGACAAAAAAGUAAUGAUAGCAAUGAAGAAUUUAAGUAAAUGUGGUAGCAGCAUUGCAGUUGAAAAUGCUUUGGUACACAAUAUCAUUAUGGUUCCUCCGAUUUUUCAGGUAGAAGAAUCUUUACUAUCUCUUGGUAGUCAUGGCAAUGUCGAUGGAGUUUUCUACUGCCUUUUAAUUAAAGUUAAUGCUUUAGGAAAAGAAACUUAUUUGGCUAGAUAUUUUGAGUUUGGCAGUUUUACUGCAUACUUUGAUAAUAUUGCACAUGGAAAGCUGAAAAAAGAUUUAAUGGUUGAUGAAAUUCUUCCAUAUUGUGUAUUUACAAUAAAGGAUGUUGAUAUGGAACUUGCAUUAAAAAAAGAAACUUUUGGACACAGAACUAAGAGUGGUUUUUUUAUAGGUAGCAAAAGUCGUAUUCACAAAAGCAGAACUUUUAAUCGUUUGAUAUAUGAGUGCAAAGGUGGCCUAAAUGAGAGUUUGAAAAAACUAAUAAUUGAGCUUGAUAAAAACAAUUUUUGCGUUUGCUACCAUCUAAUUGCUGCGUGUCUUCUUUAAGACCAAUUGUGGGAGGGUGUUAAUCAAGGAAAC